ACUCGCACUCUCUUUUUAGCUAUAUUAUGUGGUCACUCUUUUCUCUUAUACAUAUGCAAAUACAUAAUAUGAUACAUAUGCAAAUAUAAUUUGUCUCUCUCCUUUCUUUGUCCUCUCUCCUCUCUUUUCAAUCUUGCUCGCCAAAUAUACAAAUACAUAUAUAUUGUUAACCACAUAUAUAGAUAUUCAAUUCAACAAAUAUAUAGAUGCACAAUUCAAUUCUCUCCACUCUCUGUCCUUUAAUUUCUCGCUCGCUCCUCUCACGAUUUCUCUCUCUUAUCUCUAACACGUAACUAUGAAUCGUAAUUAGCAAAUCACAAGUAUAGGAUCUAAUUAAGUUAUUUUUAAAAGCCGUUUGGGAAAGGCAAUUAUUUUUAUGACCAAUCAGAUCCUUGCCCUUGAAAUGUCUUCAUAUAUAGAUAUAUAUAUAUAUAUAUAUAUUAGAGUAAAAGCAAAUUGCACCCGGGUGCAAACCUAAAUGUACCAAAAAAGAAGAAACUUCUCUUUCUUUGUAUACACAUCAUAAUCAUAUAUACAAUAACAACAAUUAUGGCUGCUCUUUCUCAGCUCUUAGCUCAUAUCUACACCAUGACUCUAGUCUUCGUCACCAUUCUCAUACUCGAACUCGUAAUCUUAGUACGUUCCAUAACCGACACAAUCUCAGAUUCCGGCCGCGGCCGCCCCAUCACAACCAAGCAAUACCUCAAACUCAUCGACGAAAAAAACCCGGUCAGCCGGUUCAAAACCCCCUCAAUCAACCCGGCCGGUUUUUCCGAUACCUGUGCCGUUUGUUUAUCGGCAUUUGAAGACGGCGAACAAGUACGGAAGCUGAAAUGCAAGCAUAUUUUUCACAAGGAUUGUUUGGACACGUGGCUCCAACAAGAUUCUGCCACGUGUCCGCUCUGCCGGAAUAAGGUGCUGCCGGAAGAAAUUGUGGUUAAAUUCCGGCAGCACCGUAACCUGCAGACGGAGUAUGAAGGAAGUGAUGAGGAGCUCAUUUUUUUGUUAUCUGCAUUACAUGGUAAUUAUAUUGGUAGAUUUUUGUAAACUUUUUUUUUUUAAUUUUUGUAUAUAAAAAGAUUUAGAAUAUUAAAAAAGGAAAAUAAUUGAGUGUGCUUCAUAUACUUGGGGCUUUCUGAUUGGUUAAUUGUGUGCCAGAGAGAUAUUUUAUUCUACUUGAGUGUCGGUAAUAUUAACUAAAAA